AUGUUCAGAGCCUCCGGUUUCGAGGAUAUCGAGAGCAUCGACGAAGAAUGUUUGGAUGAGGGGCGAGAGGAGGAGCGGGAGAAGGAAAAAGAAAUAAAAAAGACGACGAAGGAGAAUAAAAGGCGGUUGGUGGAUGCGUCUUUGUAUUCGGUCAUGGAAAAGGAGAGGAUUUGGAGAAGAAAUAGUUGGGACGGGAGGAUGAAUGAAGGAGAGAGAAAGAGGUCUUUCUCGUCUGACGAACAAAAUUUCUUUUCCUCCUUUCUAUACCGUCGUGCGCCACCGCCACCGCUACCGCCCCUGUACGCCGUCCACUCUCCGAAAAGGGACAAGGGUCAGACGUGGUCUUCACCUAUAGUGGGUCAGGGCCAUUUAGAUCCAUACACCACAGAUCUUGAGCAGAAGCGACUCAUGCUUCAAAUGUUUCAGGAAGAGAAUCCAGGCUUUGACUUUUCACAGGCUCAGUUCUCUGGAGGUUGCCCUGACCCGUGGACCUUCAUGGGUGGCAUCCGUUCUCCUUAA